UAGCACCAUGGAUAUUGAAGAUAAAUUGUAUGUCUGGUACAAAGUUGUACAUGAUGGAGUCGAGGAGGGAAUGAAAAACAUGAAUCCACAAAAGGUAAUAUCCCUGCUGGUGGCGUUCUUCUCGCUGUCAUCAGCUCAGCAAAAGGACCAGAUAUUUGACACUAUUGGCAAGGGCUUACAGCGUGAGAUCGUAGCAGCAAAACUUCCUGUAGUUGAAACCAUCGCGACUGUUGGUUCUUCACAAUGUAAACAUGUAAAGAAGUUAGUGGGUGUGUCGUAUGAACAGCUAGCGGGUGAAAACGAGCCUGAUUUGAAUCUAUUGAGAAUAUUCUAUAAAAACAGGCAGUCGGCUAUAAACUUAAACAUAUCAGAAGCAGCGGGUUGGCUGCGGCAGGCGCGCCAGUUCGAACGGGACAAUAGACUGAUCAUAUUUGUGCACGGAUUUACUGAUAAUCCAAUGAAAGACAGCUUCACUAACAUUAGCUCGUCUUUCUUGAAGAAUAACCACAACAGUGUGCUAGCCCUGGACGGCAGUUCUCUAAUCCGUUGGUUGUACCUCCGAUCGACCACGUAUGUGCGCUUCAUUGGUCGCUCCCUGGCUGAAUUCCUCGCCGUCUUAGUUGGUUUUGGCCAGGACCCUUCACAAAUCCACAUAAUCGGGCACAGUCUAGGAGCCCACAUAGCUGGCUUCACCGGCAAGACAUUCCAGGAACUAACACGUCGCAACAUCGGUCGGAUAUCCGGACUGGACCCCGCGGGACCCUGCUUCAGUCAUGUGGAACCGGAGUUGCGGCUCAAGCAUACGGAUGCGGAUUUUGUGGAUGUUAUACAUACGGAUGCAGGAGUUUAUGGGAUUAAGGAUGCUGUUGGGCACGUAGACUACUACCCCAACAGCGGCGCUAUGCAACCGGACUGCGUGCUCCAAACGUGCUCACACUCCCGCGCCUGGCUGCUGUAUGGAGUCAGCAUUAUAUCGCCUGAAGCCUUCCCGGCGGUCAGGUGUCAAGAUUGGGACGCUUUUAAGAAGGGACAGUGUGAGAAUGAGAUCAGUUACAUGGGCUACUCCGCGAAGCCCGGCACGAGAGGACAGUAUUACCUCCGCACGGGCGAUACCUUCCCAUAUAGUUUGGGCAAGGAUGGUCUGCGGUAUGUGAAUAAUGAGGGCAUUGUUCAGAGCAUCGGAAAUAUUUUUGGAUGAUAGUGUAUUUAGAAUUUAAUUUAAUAAUUAAGUGUGACUGAAACUGUGUUAUGAUUUAUUAAGCCAAAUUCAAAGAAUAUAUGAUUAAUAUUAUUUGUUUGUAUACGUUUUAUAGUACGAAAAAUUGUAUUUGAUUCUUGUAAGCAUAGUCGAAAUAAAACUAUUCUUUAUGUAGGUACAAAUAAAAACGUUCCAUUUAAAUAACAAGACGUUAUAGUA